GCGCUCUGUCCGGGAGCGCAGCCCCGGCUAAAAUUGCAGGAGUGGGAGGGGAGCGAGCCAGCUGGAUCCCGAGUCGCUGAGCGAGCCGGCCCUCGCUCCGCCGCCGAUGACUCCGGAGCUCAGGCCCAAGCGCCGCCCAUGCAGCAUCCCUGAGCUCCGCCGAACCAGAGUUAAUGAAAAAUCAUUUAACCGUCUCCGCGGCGGGGAGCCAUGAGCUGUCUGGAUGUUAUGUACCAAGUCUAUGGUCCUCCGCAGCCUUACUUCGCAGCCGCCUACACCCCCUAUCACCAGAAGCUAGCCUAUUACUCCAAAAUGCAGGAAGCCCAAGAGUGCAACGCCAGCCCCAGCAGCAGUGGCAGUGGCAGCUCCUCAUUUUCUAGCCAAACCCCAGCCAGCAUAAAAGAGGAGGAAGGCAGCCCAGAGAAAGAGCGCCCACCAGAGGCAGAGUACAUCAACUCCCGCUGCGUCCUCUUCACCUAUUUCCAGGGGGACAUCAGCUCCGUGGUGGAUGAACAUUUCAGUAGGGCCCUGAGCCAGCCUAGCAGCUACUCCCCGAGCUGUACCAGCAGCAAAGCACCAAGGAGCUCUGGUCCCUGGAGAGCAGACAGCUCCUUCCCGAUGAACCAGCGCAGCUUUCCCGCCUCCUUCUGGAACAGCGCGUACCAGGCACCAGUACCCGCACCUCUGGGCAGUCCUCUGGCCGCGGCUCACUCUGAGCUGCCCUUCGCCACCGCAGACCCCUACUCUCCCGCGGCGCUGCACAGCCACCUGCACCAGGGCGCAGCCGAGGCAUGGCACCACGCGCACCCGCACCACGCACAUGCCCACCACCCGUACGCGCUGGGCGGCGCCCUUGGCGCCCAGGCCGCUGCCUACCCGCGACCCACCGCUGUGCAUGAAGUCUAUGCACCGCACUUCGACCCUCGCUAUGGUCCUUUGCUGAUGCCCGCCUCCUCUGGGCGCCCGGCCCGUCUUGCACCAGCUCGGGCACCCGCACCCGGCAGCCCACCUUGCGAGCUCUCCGCAAAGGGCGAGCCAGCCGGAGGCGCGUGGACCGCGCCCGGGGGGCCCUUCGUGAGCCCCGCGGGGGACGUGACCCAGGGCCUGGGCCUCAGCGUGGACUCAGCUCCUCGUUAUUCCCUCUGUGGUGCAUCCCUUCUGAGCUGAUCUGCUGACCCAGGGUUUCCCCUCCCUUUCCUUUCUGACCAGCCAUGGAGGCUCAGCAUCUGUGCCUCUCACUUCGUGGAUGAGGACACGGGGGGAAGGCAGAGACUUCAAACUUCUCCAUGUAUUGAGAAAAUUAAAAGGCACAUUUACAGAAAUCUCAUCUAAAGUUAAUCUCUUCCAAAAGAGCAGUUCCAGAGACUCUGAAUUAUUUUCAAUGAUUUUGGCCAAAUCACUGGAAAUAUCUGUGGUGAGAUUGUUUAGUCAGGUGAUAUGACACCAUAAGCUUUCAUGGAAUGGGAAAAAUAUUUUUCAUGCUGUUGUGAAUUAUUUCAUUAGGCAGUGUGAUCAAUACACUACUGAUGUCAACAUCCUCAGGUUUAAAAAUGUCAUUUAYAUCUGCAACAAAGACUGUGGUAGAGAAGUAAAAAGAAGCCAAUUCUUCCUUCUUCAAGGCUCAGCCUCCAGCUUCUUUCCUGCCCAUCUCCUUCCCACAACACCCACUCCAGACAGAAAGACACUUUUUCCUUUGGACUGUGAACAUGGAAGCCUCAGUCUGAAUGUGAAUGGCAAGUGGCUGAUCUGGAGCCACCUGCCCAAGUCUUACUGAAAUGCAGCUGUUGUAGGACAACUGUUUAAAACUCCAGAAAUACAUCGACCAAGGUGGCACUUCCCAGUGUUUGGCAGAACAAUUGCAAUUGCACUGGAUAUAUUAUAUAUAUAUGUAUAUAUAUCAUCUUUUUUACAAGGAACAUUUUACAAUGAAAGAAGAACCCUGCUCUGCCUUCUCUCCCACAAAUCCUGUCCCUCCCUUUAUCCUCCAGAUGAAAGAUGCAAUAAAAGAUUCCAACUGUCUCCAUGGAAAGGAACAAGAAAUCACCCACCACUAGGGGAAAAAAAAAAAUCUAUGGAGUAAACAACAUCUCGAAUAUUUUUCUCAGUCUCCAAGGUUGUGAGUGGUCACUUUUGUAUUGGAACAGGGGAAAGGGUCUGUGUGUGGGCAAAGGUGAAGGAGAUAAGGAAGAAGAAACAAACAUUAAAGAUGUCUAUUUA